AUGACAAAUUGUCUAUUGCAGCGAAAUCCUCCGUGUAUUGCAGUUGAAAUUGAUGAAUUAACAGCGGAUUGUCAAUAUAGAACUACAUAUGCCAAUUGGACCUCAAUAGAAGCGCAUUCUGGAAGAAAACAUCGUUAUUGGCUACAAUAUCCUCGACAAAAAUUUCAAUUUAUACCCAAUUGUGAUUUUGAUCCAUCUACGUCGUUGGCAUCCAUCCCAUUCGAUAAAUGUAUUGAAUCGUGUCAUCAUAAUAUUCAAUGUCAAAAAACUUCGUAUAAUUUUGAUACACAUGAAUGUAAAACGGGAGCAGGCCGGCCUGGACAAGUCAAAAAGAAUUCGGAAUUCAAAAAUCUUCAUUGUUUUAUUCGUCCAUUGGUGCAUAGCAAUGAUUUUACAUCGAUGCGAAUGGCAUUCGAGCGUACACUUGAUUAUCAAUUAGAGUAUCGAUUAGCUGAAAAUGAUUCCUAUCUCGAUCAACAGGACAUGAUUCCAUGCUCAUCCGAUGCCAAUUACGAUAUUUGUUUGGAUACGUGUUUACAUAAAUGUCUUUUUGUUUCACCAUUGAAUAUUACUUGUCAAUAUGUAUCAAUUACUUAUGUCAAUCAAAUUCUAACCUGUACCUAUUUUCAUACUAAGACAACUGUUGUCAAAUCUGAAUUCAGUGAAAUAUAUACGCGUUAUUUUAAUAUCCAAAUGAACUUGUCGGUUAUCAACAAGAUGCCCCUGUUCUAUGCGAAGACCGAUACACGUUUAUGUUUCUAUCCUUCAUCAUCGUUAAAUGAACAAACCUAUUCAACAUUGAAAGGUUAUCGAACAACCUUGACCGUAGGUAACGAAACCGAAUUGAACUCAAUUUCGAAAAUUCGGCGACGACGAUUUCUUGGCUUUCUAAAAAAGGCCUUUAAAUGGGUUGUCAAUAAAAUCGUGAAACCUAUAGUUGAAACAGUCAAAGAAAUUGUUGAGACACCUAUUAAAGCGAUUAAAACAAUCGGUCAUCUCGUUAAAGGUGAUACUAAAGCAGCAAAAGAUGAAUUUAUGAGUAUAGGUAUCGUCAAAGAUGUCAAAAGUCUCGGAGAAAAUGUUGUCAAAGUCGGCAAAGCUAUAGGCAAAGGCGACGUGAAAGGUGCUUUCAAAAGUUUGGCUAAUGUUGGCUUGGAUGCAUUGUCUGUUGUCCCAUUGCCAGGUGCUGGUAAAGGUGUUGCAAAAAUAGGAAAAUCACUGAAAAAGUCUAAUGACAAAGUGCUCAAAGAUGUCAAAGAAAACCUAACAAAAUCUACGAAGAAAACGAACAAGGGAAAAAACGACGGUAAAAAAGACGAGAAAAAGAACGAUAGUAAGAAAAAAAAGAAAUGUAAAAUUGGACGACUGAAACGUCAAGCAGCUGGACAAAAACAUGAUCGAGAUUGUGACAGUGAUGAAGACGAUGAUGAUGAUGACAACAAUAAAAAUCGAGCAAAAUGUGGUAAACCAUCAAUAAACACAAAAAACGACAAAAUCAAAGAUCGUUCCCUCGACAAUUGUAAGGCGAAAUCGAUUGGCUCAAAAUGUAAGUAUGAAUGUGAAUAUCUCUACGAAUCAGCAUAUAAGCACGGUGUUACAUGUCAAAAAGAUACCAAAAACGCUAAACGAGCCUUUUGGAAGCCGACACCAAAAUGUGAACCAGAAUCAUGUCCUGCCGGCAAUUAUCCAAUGAUUGUAAUGAAAACGGAACGAACGAAUGCAUAUGUUGUUCUAUUCGAUAAAAAACGUAAAUUGCCCGUAUGGUCAUUGAGCGUACUCGAUGGGACCAAUAGAAUCAUGAAUCCCCUAGGUAAACGCACAACAGGAUACACCCAUCAUCCAUGUAAAGAACUGAAAAAUUUCCAAGCUCCACAAUCUGCAUACACAGGUUCCGGCUACGAUCAUGGCCAUUUGACACCAAGUGAAAUUCUCAGUUAUUCUAGAGAUGCAUCGUUUGCUUCAAACUUACGCAUAAACCUGGCACCACAAAAUGAUAUGACAAAUCAAAUUCCAUGGCGAAUGAUUGAAGCACAUAUACGAUGUCACAACAAUAAAUAUCCACCGAGUCUUGUGGUAACCGGCGUUUGCCCCACUAGUCGAGGAAAAACAAAAGCGAUCGGUGGCGUAGAUAUACCAUCCUGUUUUUGGAAAAUGAUUUGUUACCAACGCAAUAGUCAAACACACGUUGUCGGAUUCGUGUCUGAUAAUUCAAAAAUAAAACGUACGGACCGAACGCAAUUAGUCAAAACUUUAAAGCCGGUCUCACAACAAGACAUAUUGGCACUGUUAGCAUCGAAUAAAAAUUAUUUUUUGUUGAAAAAUCCUUUUAUUACUGGAUCUACCAGUGCGGUAAAAGGGCGAACAAGUAUUUCGCCGAUCAAUAGUGCUAAAUGCGCAUCACAAUUGUCUUUGGAUCAAACAGAAGCCAAUAUUUGGCAUCAAGAUUUACUGAUGGAACAGAGGAAACGUGAUAAAAAUGCUGCAAAAAAGUCAAACAAAAAAAAGAAGAAGACAAAAACAAAAAGAGAAGACACUAACGAUGAAGACAGGAGAGAAGUACGAGGUUGUACAAGAGCAGAAGCCAAGGCAGCAGCUGCUCUGUUUGGUUUAAGUUCAUUGAGCAUUUUCGAUGAAGCAAACUAUGAUAUUGUCGAAGACAACGAUGACAAUGGCACGGAUACAAAUGAUGAUAAUGAUAAUGAUGAUGAAGCGGGCGACAAUGUGAGCCAAGCUGCUAAAUGUGACAAGCGUAUUGUUGGCUACUAUCCGUCGUGGGGCACGGGAAAGAUCAGUUCUCAACAUGCCCAACGUUUAACACACAUUAUCUUUGCAUUUUUUGAGGUCGAUGCUAGUGGCAACAUAUUUUUGGGUAGUGCAGAUAGAACACAUAGUACAGAUGUCGAAGAAGAUACAAAAAUUGCACGCCAACGUUUGGAACGUCUUGCACGUUUGCAAAAUGCGUUUCCAAAUAUUAAAUAUAUGUUUGCCGUUGGUGGGUGGGAAAAUUCACAAUACUUUAGCUCAAUUGCUGCCUCGCCUGACAAACGCGUUCGAUUCAUUGCUUCAACAUUGAAAUUGCUCGAUGAAUAUCACAUGGACGGCAUUGACAUUGAUUGGGAACAUCCAGUGACGGGUGGAGCUGUUGAAGGGAUACCUGAAGACAAAAAAAAUUAUGUUCUUCUGAUGAAAGAACUGCGACAAGCCAUGGAUAGACAUCGGUCCGACUAUUUACUAACAUUUGCAUCGGCUGCUGGUCAAUGGACGCUCGACCCUGGUUACGAUUUACCUGGAUUGUUAGAAUACGCAGAUUUUGCAAACGUAAUGACGUACGAUUUUUUUGGUGCUUGGGAGUCGAAAUGGGGUGCAUAUACGGGACCACCGGCACCUCUCUUUUUUGGCAUGCCUCCAAGAUUUUCAGGUAAGACAAAUGUGCAUUGGACAAUCAAGUAUUAUGUAUGCAGAACAAAUCAACCGCACAAGAUCACUAUGGGUGUUCCAUUCUAUGGUCGUUAUUGGAAGAAUGUAGAACGAGAACCUAUCGAUCCGACUGAUCCGAUGUGGAGAAAGGCAACGGCGGUCAAUGGAAAAUUUGUUGGCGGUUUUGCACCAUGGAAUGAGAUUCAAGAGUCAUGGUUGACCAAUGAAAGAUACAAAGAACGAUUUCAUGAGAAAACGAAGGCUACGUUUGCUUUCAAUGAUCAAGAACUUAUCUAUUUAGGUUACGAAAGUCCUAAGUCAUUGAAAUACAAAGCGGACUAUGCUGCUGACAACAAUAUAGGUGGUCUUAUGGUGUGGGCAAUUGAUCAAGACGAUGCCGAUCUGACAAUGAUGAAAAUAAUUGGUGAUGCUCCAUUGUGUAAACAUACAAAUCCAUCAUCAGUGUUUUACAAAUGUUCACCAUUGAAAGGAGAAAAACGUUGGUGGACAUUGGAAGAUAGUGAAGAGAGAGCAGGCAUGUGUGGUAGAUCGGCUCCAUUAUACAAAGGCUAUUAUCCAGUUUGUGACCCGGACGAUCCCGGCUAUUCGUGUUGUUCACCGGAUGGCUAUUGUGGAAAAUCGGAAAAACAUUGUACCGGCUUAGGAAUCGAUUAUGAAAAGAAUCCCGAUUUAUUAGUCGAUGAACCUAUUCGACCGAGUAUCGAUCCUCCUCUUUGGUAUCUACUUGAUGCACCAGACGGGAAACGAGGUCGAUGUGGUCUUGACGUUUCACCCAUUACCGGCAACAUUUUUCCGAUCUGUAAUCCAGAUGAUAAAACUGCACAUUGCUGUUCGAAUGGUGGCUAUUGUGGAACAGGCGAUCAAUUUUGUUCGUGUGAUGGCUGCAUCGAUUUCAAGAAAGAUCCAUCGUAUCGUUUCAAACCAAAACGUUAA